CAGCAGCCACAACAUGGUUUACCUCGCUGCACCCUCGCAUUUGGUAAAACUGUCGACGCUACUUCUGCUACAGAACCUCGUCAUAGUUAAAUCCUUCGAAGUGUACUGGAACAUACCAACCUUCAUGUGCAAUCAGUUUGGUUUCGAUUUUGGCGGUGUCAGCCGGACGUACUCCGUCGUCCAGAACAGUAACGAUACGUUUCGUGGAAAUGCCGUCUCAAUACUCUACGAUCCCGGGAAAUUUCCUGCACUGCUCGAGAAACCGUCCACCAAAACGCUGUACAAGCGUAAUGGUGGCGUACCGCAGGAAGGCAACCUAACCGAACAUCUGCAGAUAUUCGAACGUCAUCUAAACGAGCUGGUACCGGAUCGUAAUUUCAGUGGUAUUGGCAUUAUCGACUUCGAAUCCUGGCGACCCAUCUACCGGCAGAACUUUGGUUCGCUACAACCGUACAAGGAUCUGUCGGUCAAGAUCGAAAAAGAGCGCCACCCGUACUGGACGGCGGGUCAUCUCGAGCGGGAGGCAACACGACGCUUCGAAGCAACAGGGCGCGAGUUUAUGGAGCAAACACUACUACUAGCCCGACAGCAGCGACCCCUGGCGGCGUGGGGCUACUAUGCAUUUCCCUACUGCUUCAACAUGAACGGUGGCGUGAAUGCUCGUUCCGAAAACUGCGCACCGGAAGUACAACGAGAAAACAACCGCAUUAUGUGGCUAUUCGACGGUUCGGACAUUAUCUUCCCGUCCGUUUAUCUGCGCGAAAAACUCUCUCCCAGUGAACGGGAGCAACUAAUAAGAGGGCGCGUUCGAGAGGCCGUCCGAGUGGCGCAACGAAACAGUGCGUCAAAGCCACGGCGUAAGGUUUUAACCUAUCUGCGUUACGUGUACACCGACACCAUACAGUACCUGACUGAGAGCGACUGGAUCAAUGCACUGGCAGCCAUGAAGAGCACCGGAUCCGACGGCAUCAUUUUGUGGGGCAGCUCAUUCGAUCUUAACACGCGACAAAAAUGUACCUCAUUCAAACAAUACCUCGAUAGUACGCUAGGACCUGUACUAAGCACACUGCAACCCCGCUACGUAGUGGAAAAUCUGGCAGACACAUCAACCUAAACGACAAACAG